AACACCAGAGGGCGACACUGAGGAUCAUAAGCGGCUGAACACAUCCAUCAUCCCAGAACCAGGUCCAGAACGGUUCUGAUGGGUCAGAACCAGCAGGUCAAGCUGCUUGGCAGCAGCGCCGCCCUGCUUGCAGCGCUGAAGUCUCCAUGUUGUCAGCAGGACCGGAACUUGAGGGACCAGAACCUGGAGCUGAAAGCUUCCAUUGGAGCUGCAGCUGCUGGCUCUGCCUGCAGAGGGCGCGCUGAUCAGCAUCAUCGAUCCGCGAUCGAUACUUCUCUGGGUUUCUGCUGCCUUCCUCUUGGGGAGGAAGAAGAGGCGCGUUCGGAACCCCGACCGGUUUAGGCCCAGACGGUCCUGCGGCUGCGGUGGGUUCGGAACACCGAACUGGGUCAUUCCUCCGGUCAGUGAAGCUGGAGCGGUUCCGGAAGGAAGGAAGGGAGGGAGGGUUUGGGUUCUGGGUCGGUUCGGGAGCCAAACUGGACGCGGUAAAAGUAGUCUGGAACCGAGGAGGAGGAACUGCUUCCCACCGCAGCGGCAGAAAUGUUACCGCUGAUCCUGACGGUUUACCUCAACGACACCCAGCAGAUGCUAACCGAGGUCCCUGUUACCACGGCAACCAGAGUGACCGACGUGGUGGAGUUCUGCAAGGAGGCGGGCGAGUCCGAGUGCCACCUGGCCGAGGUCUGGAACGGACACGAGCGUCCGCUCUCUCAGGAGCUGUUGCUGCUGGCUCUGCUGAACGCCUGGGGGUCCCGGAGACCUGAGGUCCGCUACUACCUCAGACACCGCCCCCUGUGGCCACCAGGAAGCCCGAUGGCCUUGGAUCAGAACCGGACCUCAGUGGCAGCAGAGAGUGAUGAGGUACCAGAACCGAGUGCCAGCAGCAGAACCGGGCCGCUGCAGGUCCCGCAGGUGGAGCUGACCCUCUCUGAGCUCCAGGAAAUGGCCACCAGGCAGCAGCAGCAGAUCGAGGCGCAGCAGCAAAUGCUGAUGGCAAAGGAGCAACGGCUGUGGUUCCUUCAGCAGGGCAGCAGAACCAACACAGGACACUCACAGAUGGAGGCGGAGCAGCUGCAGCGCCUCAAGGAGCGGGUGGAGAGCCAGGAGGCGAAGCUGAAGAAGAUCCGCGCCAUGAGAGGCCAGGUGGAUUACAGCAGGCUGAUCAACGGGAACCUCACUCUACUGCUUCUGUCUGCAGCCACAGAGAUCCACCAUGUGAGCAGCUUGUUCCAGGAGAAGCAGGACGAGCUGCAGGCCGCCGUCAGCAGGGUGGAGCAGCUGACCCAGCAGUUGGAGGACCUGAGGAGGGGACGCCUCCAGCUGCAGAACGACGCCCAGAGGCUGGCGGACACCUCCGGGUCCCCUACGGCCCCCACCACCCAGAAGGGCUUCUUGUUAUCCGGCUCUGCUGGCGUGGAGCUGAGGAAGCUCCACCAGGAGCUGCAGGCCCGGAACCAUCAGAACCUGGAGCAGAGUGGCCGGCUGGCCCAGAACCAGGAGCUGCUGUCCAAGCGGACGGGUCAGGUGGCGGCCAUGGACCGUCGGAUUGGAGAGCUGAGGGACCGUCUCCACAGGAAGAGAGCAGAGCUGAGCCGGAAUGAGGGACCGUCCUCCCCCCGGACGACCCCACGACCCGGCGCCGCCGUCUCCAGCCGAGUGGCGGCCGUCUGCCCAUAUGUCCAGACGCCAACGGAUGGGAGGCGCGAGCCUGGACGGCCGACGGACCCUCCACCCAAAGCCGCGCCACUCAGCCAUGUCCGCUCACUAUCAGUCAGUGACGCUCCGUGGCCCAACAUCAGCCUGACUGAAGCCGACUGGAGGACCUGCAGUCCAGAACCGCAGCUGCGACCCUCCGGCUACGGGACGUACCCCAGCACCGCCCACCAGGCCCAGCAGGCCCAGCAGGCCCACCACUGCAGCUCCCUGCCGCGCUCGGCGCCUGGUACGCUGGGCUGGCCCCGCCCCCCCGCUGGCUCCUCCUCCUCGUCUUCAUCGCCACAGCGUGUCCCCAACCAGAACCCAGGUUCUGCAUCGUCCUCCCCGCUGUCCCUCCAGUCGGAGCGGACCGACCCCCCUCCUGCGGUGGCGGUGCGUCCCUACGUCCCGGAGCCGCCGUCCAGGCCGCAGUCCCCUAGGAAGGGCCCCGCCACCAUGAACAGCAGCUCCAUCUACAGCAUGUACCUGCACCAGCCUCAGGCCAAGAACCCGGGCCCUCUUGGGAACCGGGCCGCCGUCAGGGCAGUCUACGGGAAGCCCGUGGUCCCGUCCUCGGCCCCCGUCCCGCAGGAUGAAGCCAGAGACGGCGCGGUCCUUCCUCCGCCCGGCGUGGACGGCUUCCCUCGUCCCCUCAGCCCCACCAAGCUGAUGCCCGUCGCCCACUCGCAGCUGCGGUACCAGAACGACGCCGACCUUGAGGUUCUGCGGCGCCGUCUCAGCAACGCUCCACGGCCCCUGAAGAAGAGAAGCUCCAUCACCGAACCCGAGGGCCCCCAGGGGCCCAACAUCCAGAAGCUGCUGUACCAGCGGUUCAACACGCUGGCUGGAGGCAUGGAGGGCGGUUCUGGGAACCCUUUCUACCAGCCGGACGGGCUUCUUGGGGAUGGGGACGGCGUCCGUUCAGCCAACGGGAGCCUGGACCAGGGAGACAAGGCAGUACCCAGAGAGGUCAAAGGUCAGGACCUGAGCUCAGAGUCCUGCCACUCCUCUCCACCCUCCGUUACUACGGAAACACCAAUAGAAACAGAAAGCACCACCAACCCGCCUCCCUCAACACAACCCGGCUCUCCUCCAGAACCAGAGAGGUCCGAGGUCCAGAACCAGAACCAGGGAGGUACUGGCUCUGCUUACGGGUCACUUCCAGCACCUGCUGCUCUCCCUUCAGGUGCAAAGGUGAAGCGGACCAACCUGAAGAAGCCGUCCUCAGAGCGAACAGGUCAUGGCCUGAGGGUCAAGUUCAACCCCCUGGCUCUGCUGCUGGACGCCUCAUUGGAGGGAGAGUUCGACCUGGUCCAGAGGGUCAUCUACGAGGUGGAGAAUCCCAGCAUGCCCAACGACGAAGGCAUCACUCCUCUUCACAACGCCGUGUGCGCCGGUCAUCACCACAUCGUCAAGUUCUUGUUGGACUUUGGAGUGAACGUGAACGCGGCCGACAGCGACGGCUGGACUCCGCUGCACUGCGCCGCUUCCUGCAACAGCGUCCAUCUCUGUAAGAUGCUGGUGGAGUCAGGCGCCGCCAUCUUCGCCACCACCAUCAGCGACGUGGAGACGGCGGCCGACAAGUGUGAGGAGAUGGAGGAGGGCUUCAGCCAGUGCUCCCAGUUCCUCUACGGCGUCCAGGAGAAGCUGGGCGUCAUGAACAAGGGGGCGGCGUACACGCUGUGGGACUAUGCCGCGCAGCGGGACGACGAGCUGUCCUUCGGCGAGGGCGACGCCGUCACCGUGCUGCGUCGCCAUGACGAUACCGAGACGGACUGGUGGUGGGCCAGGCUGGACGACCGCGAGGGAUACGUGGCGAGGAACCUGUUGGGGCUGUACCCACGGAUCAAACCCAGACAGAGGUCACUGGCCUGAAGUCCGGCCCCAUGAGGAAGAGGAGGAGUGUAGGGCUGGUUCUGAGAGGAAGCAGCAAAGCACAUGUUGACCUUCAGCAGCCCACUAACGGCUCUUCCUCUCUUGACCUCUGAGGUCAAGAUGAAGGGCAGAGGAAGAUGACCCAGGGUGUGUCAGGUUGGAAGGUCACCUGAAGAAUCAGAGGAAGGAAACAGGAAGUGAAGAUGACGGUUUAAUGAAGCGGUCUGCAUCUGUUCAUAAGAGGUUCUGGGUCACAUUCAGUCAGAACGUCGGAUCUGAGUCGUUCUGGGCUUCUGAACCUUCUCUGCUGCUUGUUGCCAUGUUUUAUUUUCCUUCAUGUUGCUUCAUUUAGCCAACCUUUGCUUUUCUCAUUACAAUCAGUUCUGUUACUGUGGAGACUCUGCUGCCAUCCAGUGGACAGAUUUAUGUAUGGGCUGGAUCAGCAGCUCCACCUGCUGGACUGGAUGUGCCUGAAUUUUAUGUUCACAUUAAUAUUUUUAUUUUACAAGCAUUUUGUUUCCAGAUGCUGCUUUAUGACCGGUUGAGAUGCAUUAUUAAAGUCAAAUAAAACAUUAAGAAUUGUGUUUAAAACUCA